UGUUCAGUUUGAAGACCAACAUCGUAGGACUUGCGGCAAGAUCCGCAAAUUUAAACGGGUAAUUUUUCUUCAUUUUCAUACUGCUUGUCUUGGAACACAGUACAUAAUUUCUCCAUUUUUUAUACGUAUAUAAAGGAAUGUGGCAACAAGUUACAUAUUUAGCCCUUUUAUUGGGUAUUUUCGUGGAGUUCACAACCAGCGCUGCGGCCGAAAAGACCGCUGAACUUCAAGACGAUUAUUCAUCAACAUGUCCUCCGGGAUAUUGGUGUAAGAAAAAGCGCGAGUUUGAUUCUAGUGAGUGUCCAAGAGGAUUUAUUUGCCGAUCUAAACGAAGCACUUCCAGUUGUCCGCCAGGAUACUGGUGCAGAAGAAGCGAACUGGUCCUCGAUCAACCAACUGACCCAAAGAACUGCGCAGCCGAGUAUUGGUGCAGGGAUGAGAUCAGUCAGUCUCGUUCCAUUGACUCCUGUCCGCCGGGAUACUGGUGCCGCAAGAAGCGGUCGAUUGAUCUUGUGUCCAAACGAAGCUGCCCACGCGAUUUCGUGUGCGCCCAAACGGAGCAAGAAGAUGACUCAGCCUGUCCCCCUGGAUACUGGUGUAAAAAGAAGAGAAGCAUUAUCCAUGCAGCCACCGAGAAGAGCGAUUGUCCUCGUAGCUUCUGGUGUAAGAGGAAGGCAGUGAAAUCGUCUUAACGGUUCUUAUGAUCACAAGAAAUUGCAACCUUUCCGACGAAGGUUGAAACACGAAUUUAAUAACUGAAUAACGUAGUUUUCAGAAAUCUUCUCUUAUGAAAUUGUAUUCACGGAUAUAUCUGUAAAUAAAAUUGUUCUCCUGAUCAAA